GGGGUGGGGUGGGGAUUCGCGGCGGGCAGCCAAUGAGCGCGCGCAGCGCGCGUCGAGCUUCCGGUUCCGGGAGGUAGAAAAGGGGCCGCGCUAGGCAGUUUGGCCGGAAGUCGUAACGCGAGGUGGGGGCAGCGGAGUUAAUAACAGCGAGAGCUGAGGCUGAGCUACUGCAAACGAUGGGUGACGAGGAGAUCGCAGCGCUGGUGGUGGACAACGGCUCAGGCAUGUGCAAGGCGGGCUUUGCGGGUGAUGAUGCGCCCCGCGCUGUGUUUCCCUCCAUUGUGGGGCGCCCACGGCACCAGGGCGUGAUGGUGGGCAUGGGGCAGAAAGACAGCUACGUGGGUGAUGAGGCGCAGAGCAAGCGUGGUAUUCUCACCCUCAAGUAUCCCAUCGAGCAUGGCAUUGUGACCAACUGGGACGACAUGGAGAAGAUCUGGCACCACACCUUCUACAACGAGCUGCGUGUGGCCCCCGAGGAGCACCCGGUGCUGCUCACUGAGGCACCACUCAACCCCAAGGCCAACCGAGAGAAGAUGACGCAGAUCAUGUUCGAGACCUUCAACACGCCAGCCAUGUACGUGGCCAUCCAGGCCGUGCUGUCCCUGUACGCCUCCGGCCGCACCACUGGUAUCGUCAUGGACUCUGGGGAUGGCGUCACCCACACCGUGCCCAUCUACGAGGGCUACGCCCUGCCCCACGCCAUCCUGCGCCUGGACCUGGCCGGCCGUGACCUGACUGACUACCUCAUGAAGAUCCUGACUGAGCGGGGCUACAGCUUCACCACCACGGCUGAGCGGGAGAUUGUGCGAGACAUCAAGGAGAAGCUCUGCUACGUCGCCCUGGACUUUGAGCAGGAGAUGGCUACAGCCGCCUCAUCCUCCUCCCUGGAGAAGAGCUACGAGCUGCCUGACGGGCAGGUGAUCACCAUUGGGAACGAACGGUUCCGCUGUCCCGAGGCCAUCUUCCAGCCCUCCUUCCUGGGCAUGGAGUCCUGCGGCAUCCACGAGACCACCUUCAACUCCAUCAUGAAGUGCGACGUGGACAUCCGCAAGGACCUGUACGCCAACACGGUGCUGUCGGGCGGCACCACCAUGUACCCCGGCAUUGCUGACCGCAUGCAGAAGGAGAUCACGGCGCUGGCGCCCAGCACCAUGAAGAUCAAGAUCAUCGCCCCGCCAGAGCGCAAAUACUCCGUCUGGAUCGGGGGCUCUAUCCUGGCUUCUCUCUCCACCUUCCAGCAGAUGUGGAUCAGCAAGCAGGAGUAUGACGAGUCUGGGCCAUCCAUCGUGCAUCGCAAGUGCUUCUGAAGAUGCUCCCAGCAGCUGUGCCUGGCCUCUGCGAAUGGAGCUACUGCUGUUGUGGUCAGGGCAAAUGCUUACCAAAUGGGGAAGCUUGUGGUUUUUUUUUGUUGUUUUUUUUUUUUUUUUUUUGAGAGCUCUGCCCUGAGAGCCUUUAUUGUUGGACCAGUAUUGUUUGACUGUUACUCCCCUUGCCCCAAGUUUAGCUGACCAUUCCUUUGUUACUCCCCUUGCCCCAAGUUUAGCUGACCAUUCCUUUGUAUUGUGUAGUAACUAUAUUCCUUGCAUCUUAUAUGAUCUGUUUCAGAGUUUGUGAUGAAAGUUGCUAUUAAUCAGUGUUAGUGGAGACUAGAGAAACAAAUUGUAAUUUCUCUGGAGCUUGAUACUUAGAAAGGGUUACUUGGCUAACUAUGUAACUCUAGGGUUGUUAGAUGUCUCUAUUGGUUUGUUAUCUAUGAAGAAACUGUUAAUGACAGGAGCUAUCGCCUCUGGUAUUACCAAUAAACUUCUGUAGUUCAAAACUGAA